CAGUAAAAGGAUGGAAGAAGAGUGGGGGGAGAGAGAGAGAGACAGAAAUUAUAGGAGUGGGGAAGGCAGGAAUGGGAUAACGUGGGGAAGAACCCGAAACCAGGGAACUGGUUGAUGAACUCAGCUGGAUCGUGUUUUUGGAGCUCACUUAUUAUUUUGUCUGAUUCAUAGAUACAAACCCUUCUUCUCACGGUGGCCAUGGACGAACACAACACCUGCCCUUCUCACAAAAACAGUAUUAGUGUCAACAAAGUGUUGCAAUCCAGCAUUGCUUACCUGAACAAGAAGAGAAAAUUUCAAUCAGAGCAGUUGGGCUUGCCUUUAUCAAAGCAUCAAUGCUGGGAUCCAAGCUUCGGUGCGGAGUAUGAUCCUCCAUACAAUAAAAACCUGAUAGUACAGGACUUCAGUGUGCAUGCAAUGAAAGAUAAAAUUAUUGCUGGUGCAAGUGAUGACGGAUCAGAACAACUCUCGGCAAAAGACAGCAAUAGUUUCGGUGGAGAUACUGACUCUUCCACAUCAGAAUCUUGUGAAGUUAAGACUCAGUCAGAGUAUCCAAAGGCAUAUCCUUCUGACAAGCCCUCAACUUCAUCUGUUAAUUGGGGCAGUAGCAGUUAUAUAAACAGCCUUUAUUCUUUUGACAGCAGAUCAAUUACAAAAUUGGGGGCUGAGAAAGACCAAUCACCAUAUACUGGUCGAGGCCAUAAUCUUCCUCAUAAUGAUUUUGGACUGCACUCAUGCCUGAAUUUUGAUGAGCACCUCUUAGAAGUUGGGAAUCACAUAGAUAGUAGCUGUUUAGAAUAUGGAAAUGACAUCAUUGACCAAUCUACAGAUAAGGAACUUGAGGAUAUGCUCUAUUCCAAUGGGACAGCACCAAAUAAUUGUGUUCUUUCAUCUGGAAGAUGGAAUGUCAACCAAGAGGAUCAAUCAAGCACCAAGAAUCUGACCAUUGACAAAGAGUUCGAGCAGUACUUCUCCAUGCUUAUGCUGUAACAGAGAUUACUCAUACAUAACCACUGAAACACGCUGUACCUUUAAAAAGAUAUCUGUUGUAUAUAUGCAAGCUUUUGUGCCCGACAUGAGAAUGUAAACAGAGUUGAUUAUUUUCUGACAAAUGCUACAUUAUCUGGCUUAGGGCUUGUAUUAUGUCUAUGGGGUUUGUACACCUCCAGUUCAUC